CGGUGUGAACAGUGAAAAUGUUUUCAAAAGCUGCAUAUUUGAUCAUCUUUUACGUCUGCGUUAAAAGAGGAGCAAGUGGAGAAGUGCAAUCAGUUCAUGAUGUGAAACAAAAUCUUCAACCCUCAACACAAGAUGAAGACUUUCUACAGAAAUCUGAUAGAGGGGGACAGACUGUAAAUAAAACCACUCGAGACAUGCCGGAGAGACCUCUUCAGCUGGUCAGACCGGAUGUCACCCACAAAAAGCUUGAGUUGGUUCAAGAUAAUAUUCAGUACCUUCUAAAGAUGGACCAGGCGGUGGCAGUGGUAGCUGUUGUGGGAAAGUAUCACUCGGGCAAAUCCUUUCUACUCAACCAGCUGAUGGGCAAACAGACGCAGCUGGGGUUCAGAGUGGGACCCUCUCUCAGACCCGAAACCAUGGGCAUAUGGAUGUGGGGAAAGCCAACUCAGAUGACGCUUUCUUCUGGAGAGAAUGUUGCUGUGAUAUUUCUUGACACAGAAGGUUUUGCUGCUAAUAACGUAUCUGAGACCUACGAUGCGAAGGUAUUUGCAGUGUCUGCUCUGUUGAGUUCCUACUUGAUCUACAACUCGGUCAAAGUCAUCGAUCAAGCUGAUCUUGAUUACUUGGAGCUUCUUGCCAGGAGAACCCAGUUGUUUGCCUUGAGGUCCCAGUUGUCAAGAGCAAAGUGGGCCAAGGACUUCAAUCACGAUCUUCUUAGUUUUCCUCCAUUAUUGUGGGUAGUUCAGGACUUUGUCCAGUCCCUAGAUGCUGAUGACAUCGCUUCCGACCCUAAGACAUGGUUACAUCAUAUGAUGCAUUCCAUGGCUUGGGAAGGGGACGAUCACCCAAUAAGUCUCUUAGAUGUCUUCCAGAGUGUCGACUGCAGGACUCUCUUCUUUCCUGCCACAAAGAAGGAGAUUCUUCAAGAUUUAUCAAAGGCAACAGAGGAUGACCUAACGGUCGACUACAGACAGGAGAGAGACCAGCUGAUUAUGGGUCUUAAAGCUGGGCUUGUGCCAAAAGAGAAAAAUGGCAAGCUUCUUGGGGGUCCAGAGAUGGCAUCUUUGUUGAACGUCCUGGUGACAGCGGCCAAUGAGGGCUCACUUUCUCAGAUACCCAGUAGAUGGUCUUCCUUCAUUCAAAGCCUAGAGCAGUCCGCAGUGGAGGACUGUCUGAAGUUUUAUGAAGCAGACAUGAGUGUGUUGUUUGGUAUCCAUGACAACGGUCCCAUAAACACAGAAGAGUUGAAGGCAUGGCAAGAGCAAGCUUUCGGUAAAUCUGUUAAGCUGUUACAUCAAGUUUUAUUUGGACUGCAUGGCAUCCUAGAUGAUGCAUCUAAGUCUCUGGAAGGCCAGCUUGAGACCAGAGCUGAGCAAGUCCAGGAUCUCAAUGACAAGAAGAUUAGACUAGCUUGCAGUGAGAUACAGCACAGAUGUGAGUUGGACGUGGAGACUGCCCUCUCUCAACAAGAGCUGCCAAUGAGAAGCCAAGAGUUUACACAGACCUUCCAUUCCAUUAGAAACAAGGCAUCUCUGUCAUUUGAGAAUCAGUUAGCCAGAUUCAAUACCAGCAGUCACUUCAGGGAUCAUCUCAGCAAAUUACAUAAUAGUCUCCAAAAGAUGAAGGAUUCCUAUACACUGAAGAACACCAGAGCAUUAGAGAAUGUCUUACUUGUUGCCAGAGAAAAGGGAUUAGGUCUUUACCGUGAGACUACAACAAACGUAGGCCCUGAGCCAUUGACCCCCAAGGAACUAGAUAGACUGAACAAAGUAGGAGAAGAGAAAUCUAUAGAGACCUUCUCCAACGAAGCCACAAUGGCGAUAGACGAACCCGGAUAUAAGCUGCAUAUGGCUGCUCUUAAGUCGGAGAUGAAAGAUGAAGAAGAGAAAGGAAGAGUGAAGAAUGAAAAUCUCUUGAAAGCAUCAUGUCACAAGAAGAUUCUUGAAGUAAUGGAACACAUACAGGAGAGCACUGAUAGCAAUCAUAUGGUUCUACCGUUAAAUGAAACUGACUUGACAGACAGGUUGGCAACUGCUCUUGACAGGGCUAAGGCAACGUACCAAGAUGCUAUGCAUGAUUUUAUCAGCAGCCAAGUAUAUCAUUCUGGGGUGAUGGAGUUAGAUCGUCGUCUUCAGGCUCUCUGUGCACAGAGGAGGCAGGAUAACGUAGAAGCCUAUUCAAGGGAGGUUGAAGCACCACUAAAGGUUGCCAAACAGGUAGCUCUUCUUUCAGUUGAUAACUAUGAAACAGUCUUCAGUUUAACAAGAUUUAUCCGCAAUGUGUGUUUGCUGAAUCUCAACGAAGGGAAGCCCAAGAAUUGGCCGAGUGACCUCAAGGCUAGCAUCAUCGACCUCUUUAUCCAAUCUGACCCUGACCUUCAAAAGGUCAUAAGGUCAAGGGAAGGUUUCUGGUCAUCCUUGGUAGGCUUCUUCCAGUGGAUAAUGAGCCUCUUUAGAUGAUAAAUCAGGAAGGAAUGUUGAAGGGAAAUAAAACUAGAAUGCAAUGCAAAGUAAAACAUUAUGGCAAAUUAUUAGAGGCCUGGGGAGCGUGUCAUGAAAGGACUUGUCAGACAUUUUAUCCGACAGGUACAGUUUUAUCCUACAGUUACCAUGGUAACAGUCAAUCAUU